AUGUUCAAGCUUCUCAAAUAUCAAGCUAAUCUGGUAUCACGCCAUAAAUCUAUUAGUGCUAUAAAUUUAGCACGUGGCAAAAGCAUACACAUGUUAACAUUUCCACCCCAUUAUACUCAUAAACUGCAACCACUUGACAAGACAUAUUUUAAAUCACUAAAAGGUGCUUACAAUGUUGCUUGUGAUAACUGUUAUCAACAUGUUAAAUGGUUCAAUAAGAUUGAGGCAACUAAUUUGGAUCAGUCAUCAUAUGAGCUCAACAAUCAUGAUCCACAAGGCGUUUUGCUUCUGUACUUGGGCCUCUUACCUCACCUAUGGGGUAAAGAGUUCAUGUUAGGAAGUUUCAAGACAAAAGAAUUUAAUACGGUUGUUUUUCCACGAUCAUUAACUAUUUCCAUGGGAGCAAACAGAGCACAGGGAACACAAACUACUCCUGCCAUAACAAAAGAAUAUUUGAGAGCAUAA